AUGGGAGUUCUGGCGCACUGUGUUGUUAUUUUUAUAUUCCAGCAUUUGACGUCCGCUUAUGAUUUUAAAGAAGGACUAUAUAACAACGGACAGUAUGAAUUUGUGAAAGAUCCCAGUUUGAAUAUCGAAAAGAGAUCACCGGAUUUAGAUUUAGAACAGUUUGACUCUGAAUCAUCUGACCACAUUAGGACCAGGAGAAGUGCGGAUCAAGGGGACUGUAAAAGUCUCCAGGGAUUCGACACCAAGUUGACUAACAACACCCAAACCGUAAGUUAACCCCGCAGGUCCGGUUAGGUUACACUCACCGAUAUAAUAGGCUAAUGUUCUGCAGGCGACACUUUACCUCGACAAUUAUCCUCAUAAUAAGAACAUGACUACCCCCCCCCUUCUCAAAUGACUUGGGUUUUAACAUUGCACCUGAUCUGUUACGGUUACCAUUCAACUAACCACAUAUCAUAAUCUAUUCUCCAGUUUUGUGCAACACUUCUUGCAUGAGAUCAAUUUUUCAUGUUUGACUCACUCAACCGUGGUCAAGCCAGUCCUUACAAAAAAAUAUUGCAGUUUUGAAACUGCAGUAAAAGUGCAGUAACUGCAGUCUACUGUGGUAUUUUGGACGCAUUUGCUGCAUACUGCAGAUAUACUGCACUUUGACUGCAAUAUUUUUUUCGUGUGGAUCCAUAAUAAAUACAAAUACAAAUCAAGAUAAAUGUUUAUUUGUUACAUGCUUCCUAGACAAGUGUAGACUAACAGUGAAACACUUACCCUUUCCCCCCCUUAAUUUACAGAUCCUUUUCCGACAAUGCAGGCUUGACACAAGUAGGCUACUGGAGUUAAACAUUACUUCAACCCCAUAACGAGCAGGACUAUGGGUUAUAAUCUUCAGUUUAGCAUCUCUGGAGAUAAUUGUUUAAGGGUGCCUGUAAAUCAUUUAUCAAGUUUAAUCUUAAGUGAGUUUAGCAUACAGUUUGUCUUCUGUAAUACAGUAUAGAAAUACAAAGAGCAGUUUAAAUGUUUUAUCCUGCCCAGUGCCUUACUGCAUUGAGGCCAUUCUGUAGUCUCUAGUCUGGUGUAAACAUAUACUUAUGUGUCUCCAGUUACUCCUGUCUCUCAACUGUUCCCUCUCUAAUGGGAAUGAGUCUGAGCUAUAUUUCCCCAUAGGAAUGAUGCUGCUGUACUUCAUACUGGGCCUGGCAUAGCUACCUUGUUUUCACAUUGCAUAAAACUAGCAUUCUUUAUCUAUGUAAGCUAUAGAGAAUAGGUGUAACCCAGUGUACGUUUGAUGGUAUGAUGGUGGUGUACUUCAUACUAGGAAUGACCUAACUCUAGACUAUGCCAGGCCUAGAUGGUCAAAUAUCCUGUGUAGUCUAUGGAGGGCAUUUCAUAUCCUGUGUAGUCUAUGGAGGGUAUUUCAUAUCCUGUGUAGUCUAUGGAGGGCCUUUCAUAUCCUGUGUAGUCUAUGGAGGGCCUUUCAUAUCCUGUGUAGUCUAUGGAGGGCAUUUCAUAUCCUGUGUAGUCUAUGGAGGGCAUUUCAUAUCCUGUGUAGUCUAUGGAGGGCAUUUCAUAUCCUGUGUAGUCUAUGGAACGUUAUUUCAUAUCCUUUGUAGUCUAUGGAGGGCAUUUCAUAUCCUGUGUAGUCUAUGGAGGGCAUUUCAUAUCCUGUGUAGUCUAUGGAGGGCAUUUCAUAUCCUGUGUAGUCUAUGGAGGGCCUUUCAUAUCCUGUGUAGUCUAUGGAGGGCAUUUCAUAUCCUGUGUAGUCUAUGGAGGGCAUUUCAUAUCCUGUGUAGUCUAUGGAGGGCAUUUCAUAUCCUGUGUAGUCUAUGGAGGGCAUUUCAUAUCCUGUGUAGUCUAUGGAGGGCAUUUCAUAUCCUGUGUAGUCUAUGGAGGGCAUUUCAUAUCCUGUGUAGUCUAUGGAACGUUAUUUCAUAUCCUUUGUAGUCUAUGGAGGGUAUUUAAUAUCCUGUUUUUCAAGAAAGUACAGGUGUCAUCAGGUGUGAGUUUGGUCGUUAAGCAUUUAGGUUAUCAAAUUCACACAUGCAAACCUUGUAGUUCAUACAUUUACAUUUUACUCAUUUAGCAGACAUUUUUCAUACUGCCCCCCCCCCCCCCCCCCGUGGGAAUCGAACCCACAACCCUGGCGUUAAGCGGGACUACACUAUACUGUAGUUCAUACUGUAGUUGAGGCUACGUUGUGUUCACGUUCUGGCUCAGUGUGUCUGGAUGGUAAAAUAGGCUAACGUGAUAGGCUUAGACAUAUAGGGGAAGGGAGUGUUUUGUUGUUAUGUUAAUACAGGUACAGAUGCUACUGUUUCUGCUUCUGACAUUUACAAGAGGCUACUUGGCAGAACUGAUGAGAGUUGGGAGUAGGCCCAUAUUAUUCGUUUUUUCGUGACUAUACGUUGUAAGACAUUUAGACUAUGCAUUAGGCCUAUAGGCAGAACUGAUGAGAGUUGGGAGUAGGCCCAUAUUAUUCGUUUUUUCGUGACUAUACGUUGUAAGACAUUUAGACUAUGCAUUAGGCCUAUGGGCAGAACUGAUGAGAAUUGGGAGUGUAUCAUGAACUUGCCACAGACUGUCUUUCUUAACGAUGUUGUCCUCAAACACCCUGUAGCCAGCUCUUCCUUAGAGCGUAGUCUAAUUUCAGAUCACCAGAUGUCCUUGAAGCAAGGGCUAUAUUACUAUCUGGCUGUGUUAACACAGGACAAGGGUAGAGCAAAUAUAACAACAUCUUACCCAAUGCAUCCGUGGUCUACUCGGAUAACAGACAGCAUACCCACAGACACCUUGUUGAUUUUAGUUCGUAGUUCCUGGUAAUAAUUUGUGUAUGUCCUGUUCUUGAUUGUCCUUACCCCUGUCCUUCAUUUCCUUCUAGCAAGUAGCAACAACUUAUAAGAUGUGCUUGCUUCUAAAUAAUACGUUCCUCCUAUGUAUGAAUGUUGUUAUUACACAUUGGCUACAUCAUACAUAAGGAAGCUUGACAUGAUUCAGCAGUGGUAACGCUUAUAUUUUCUGCAUCUGAUGAACCACCAGGCCCCUGAGGGAAAAGAUCAGGGACACCACAUCCUGUACCCUAGUUAACCUCUGACAAUGAACAAUCAGCUUUAUAGUCAGUCCUUGGCAACAAGUUGUAGGUCUCUGAACCAACCGUGAAUAGGACUAUAUUUCCAAACAAUGACCACCUUACAAAUUACGGGCUUCCCAAAACAAAAUGCAUGAAUUCAUUGCUAUACAUACCAUAUCCUGUUGUCACAGAUCUUCUUAGAGUCAUGCACUGAUAAUGAUUUACAUAGUUUCAGAUCUAAUGCCACUAGCCAUUCAUCCAGCCAUUCCAACACCAUAGACUUUGCAUAGUUUCUCCGUCCCAGCCAGACCUUGAACCCAAAGGCAGGGUUAUGGGUAAUCUAGAGACUAAAUAUGUGUCCCAAAUGGCCCACUUUUCCAUUUUGGCCCUGGUGAAAAGUAGGGAACUUUAUAGUGAUUAGGGUGCCAUUUUGGAUUAACUCUAAAGACUGAAGGCAGAAUUUCAAGAGGCUCACCUUAAAUUCCCCCAUAGGUCCAACAUACUCCUGUUUGGGUACCGUACAGCAUAGUUCCCACUGCAGCUUUAAGCAGACCUGGGUUUAAAUACUAUUUGAAAUAUUUCAAAUCUAUUAAAUACUUUGAGAGUUUGCCUGGAGUGCCAGGUGAGCAGGGUUUGUACUUUUGGGACUGGUCUAUUGGUUUCAUUGCAACAGGCAAUCUCAAUCAAGCACAGAUGAAGUAUUUAAAAUAAUUUCAAAUAGUAUUUGAACCCAGGUCUGGUUUAUAGAUGGGGCUGCCCGGAUGUGGCCUGGGCCUAAUCUAUGAAUGUCCACAUAGAGUAGAGUAACCGCUUGAUGAGAUUAAGAGUUUAAGUAUCUUAUUCUGGUUAGCUAGCAGCACCAGCAGCUCCGGUCAGAAAUCCAAUGCUUUGGUUUAGUUUCCCUGGCACUGUUUCCACAUGCUAAUGUUUUAGCAGUUGUAGCACAAAUCCCAUUCAAGUCAUGGUAACGAUAUUAGCAUUUUUCACACAUCAUUUUCAAAUCCUCUAUAAGUGACUUUGUUGAGCUUCACAAUACAUUUUAGAUACUUUCGGAUGAUUUGGACAAAAACGCUAAUAUCGGUACCAGCCAGGACUUGAUUGGAUUCAUGCCACAACUGCUAAAACGUUAGCAUGUGGAAACAGUGCCAGGGAAACUAAACCAAAGCAUGGAUUGCUGUCAUACCUUACAGGGUAAGGAAAACAACAUGUAAUUUUGUAAUUUGGAUGAACUAUCCCUUUAAGUAAGUGCAUGUUUGACUCUUCUUCUAAAGAGGAUUUGGCAGUUGAUUGACAGUUGGGAUUGGUUGUACUAUAGUGCAGCCUCCUACUGUGAGGAUGUUUGGUCCAAGGCCUACUGGUCUGGUCUGGUCUGGUCUGGUCUGGUCUGGCCUACUGGUCUGGCCUACUGGUCUGGUCUGGUCUGGUCUGGCCUACUGGUCUGGCCUACUGGUCUGUCUGGUCUGGUCUGGUCUGGCCUACUGGUCUGGCCUACUGGUCUGUCUGGUCUGGUCUGGUCUGGCCUACUGGUCUGGCCUACUGGUCUGUCUGGUCUGGUCUGGUCUGGCCUACUGGUCUGGUCUGGUCUGGUCUGGCCUACUGGUCUGGUCUGGUCUGGCCUACUGGUCUGGUCUGGUCUGGCCUACUGGUCUGUCUGGUCUGGUCUACUGGUCUGGUCUGGCCUGGUCUGUCUGGUCUGGUCUACUGGUCUGGUCUGGCCUGGCCUACUGGUCUGUCUGGUCUGGUCUACUGGUCUGGUCUGGCCUGGUCUGGUCUGGUCUGGCCUACUGGUCUGGCCUACUGGUCUGGCCUACUGGUCUGGCCUACUGGUCUGGCCUACUGGUCUGUCUGGUCUGGUCUGGCCUACUGGUCUGGUCUGGUCUGGCCUACUGGUCUGUCUGGUCUGGUAUGGCCUACUGGUCUGGUCUGGCCUACUGGUCUGUCUGGUCUGGCCUACUGGUCUGGUCUGGCCUACUGGUCUGUCUGGCCUACUGGUCUGUCUGGUCUGGUCUGGUCUGGCCUACUGGUCUGGUCUGGCCUACUGGUCUGUCUGGUCUGGUCUGGCCUACUGGUCGGUCUGGUCUGGCCUACUGGUCUGGUCUGGUCUGGCCUACUGGUCUGGUCUGGCCUUCUGGUCUGGUCUGGUCUGUACAUUAUAGUGAUGCUUUGUAACCGUUGGGGAUCUGGAGAGUGAGAGGCAGCGGUAUGGCACAGCAGUAGGGAGGGAAAGGUCGUUAGGUUCACUUGUGCACAAACACAAACGAACACAAUAGUUCUGUUACGUAGCUAUUUGGGCACUUUUUAAAGUCAAAUUAGGCGUAUGACUUUAAUACACUAUAUAUACAAAAGUAUGUGGACACCCCUUCAAAUUAGUGGAUUCGGCUAUUUCAGCCACACCCGUUGCUGACAGGUGUAUAAAAUCGAGCACACAGCCAUGCAAUCUCCAUAGACAAACAUUGGCAGUAGAACGGCCUUACUGAAGAACUCAGUGAUCUUCAACGUCAUAAGAUGCCACCUUUCCAACAAGUCAGUUCGUCAAAUUUCUGCCUUGCUAGAGCUGCCCCGGUCAACGGUAAGUGCUGUUAUUGUGAAGUGGAAACAUCUAGGAGCAACAACGGCUCAGCCGCGAAGUGGUAGGCCACACAAGCUUACAGAACGGGAUCGGCAAGUGCUGAAGCGCGUAGCUCGUAAAAAUUGAUCCUUGGUUGCAACACUCACAACCGAGUUCCAAACUGCCUCUGGAAGCAACGUCAGCACAAGAACUGUUCGUUGGGAACUUCAUGAAAUGGGUUUCCAUGGCCGAGCAGCCGCACACAAGCCUAAGAUCACCAUGCGCAAUGCCAAGCGUCGGCUGGAGUGGUGUAAGCCUCCCGAGUGGCGCAGUGGUCUAAGGCACUGCAUCGCAGUGCUAGCUGUGCCACUAGAGAUCCUGGUUCGAAUCCAGGCUCUGUCGUAGCCGGCCGCGACCGGGAGACCCAUGGGGCGGCGCACAAUUGGCCCAGCAUCGUCCAGGGUAGGGGAGGCAAUGGCCGGCAGGGAUGUAGCUCAGUUGGUAGAGCAUGGCGUUUGCAACGCCAGGGCUGUGGGUUCGAUUCCCACGGGGGGCCAGUAUGAAUUAUAUUUUUUUAUAAUGUAUGCACUCACUAACUGUAAGUCGCUCUGGAUAAGAGCGUCUGCUAAAUGACUAAAAUGUAAAUGUGUAAAGCUUGCCGCCAUUGGACUCUGGAGCAGUGGAAACGCGUUCUCUGGAGUGAUGAAUCACGCUUCACUAUCUGGCAGUCCGACGGACGAAUCUAGGUUUGGCGGAUGCCAGGAGAACGAUACCUUCCUGAAUGCAUAGUGCCAACUGUAAAGUUUGGUGGAGGAGGAAUAAUGAUCUGGGGCUGUUUUUCAUGGUUCCGGCUAGGCCCCUUAGUUUCAGUGAAGGGAAAUCUUAACGCUACAGCAUAUAAUGACAUUCUAGACGAUUCUGUGCUUCCAACUUUGUGGCAACAGUUUGGGGAAGGCCCUUUCCUGUUUCAGCAUGACAAUGCCCCUGUGCACAAAGCAAGGUCCAUACAGAAAUGGUUUGUCGAAUCGGUGUGGAAGAACUUGACUGGCCAGCACAGAGCCCUGACCUCAACCCCAUCAAACACCUUUGGGAUAAAUUGGAACGCCGACUGCGAGCCAGGCCUAAUCGCCCAACCUCAGUGCCCGACCUCACUAAUGCUCUUCUAGCUGAAUGGAAGCAAGUCCCCGCAGCAAUGUUCCAACAUCUACAUUUACAUUACAUUUUAGUCAUUUAGCAGACGCUCUUAUCCAGAGCGACUUACGAGUGCAUACAUUAUUAUUAUAUUUUUAAUUUUUUCAUACUGGCCCACCGUGGGACUCGAACCCACAACCCUGGCAUUGCAAACGCCAUGCUCUACCAACUGAGCUACAUGCCGGCCAUUCCCUCCCCUACCCUGGACGACCCUGGGCCAAUUGUGCGCCGCCCCAUGGGUCUCCCGGUCACGGCCGGCUACGACAGAGCCUGGGCUCGAACCAUGAUCUCUAGUGGCACAGCUAGCACUGCGAUGCAGUGCCUUAGACCACUGCGCCAGAAGGGUGGAGGCUGUUAUAGCAGCAAAGGGGGGACCAACUCUGUAUUAAUGCCCAUGAUUUUGGAAUGAGAUGUUCGACGAGCAGGUGUCCACAUAUUUUUUGACCGUGUAGCGUAUACCCUUAUUACAUUAUUAGAUCUGCUGCAGGUAAUAUUGAAGAGCGUGUAUGUCUAGAGACGACUGCUGUAUGACACGCUGCAUGACUAAUGUGAUGGCUUCCUUCCUUUUUAAUGAUGUAAUAAAUAAUAAAUAAUAAAAAUAGUCUUAUUUUCUCUCUUUUCUUGUCAGUAUUCCUUCGACGACCUGAGUGGGUCCGUGUCACUGGCCUGGGUCGGAGACGCCACCGGGGUGAGUUUUACUAUCCCAAUGUUCCAUUCUGUCCCAAUUUACGUGCUGAUUUUUAGUUUUUUAAUGAUCAUUAUGUGUCAAACCAGGGUCUCAAACUCAUAGAUGGAAUACAGGUGUUCCAUACUAAAGCAGUAAGGCCCGAGGGGGUGUGGUAUAUGGCCAGGACAGCCUUUAGCCGUGGUAUAUUGGCCAUAUACCACCAUCCACCGAGGGGACUUGUUGCUAUUAUAAACUGGUUACCAAUGUAAUUAGAACAGUAAAAAUCAAUGUUUUGUCAUACCCGUGGUAUACAGUCUCACAUACUACGGCUUUCAGCCAAUCAGCAUUCAGGGCUCGAACCACCCAGUUUAUACUAGUCCUUACAGGUGUUCUGUACUAGUCCUUACAGGUGUUCUGUACUAGUCCUUACAGGUGUUCUGUACUAGUCCUUACAGGUGUUCUGUACUAGUCCUUACAGGUGUUCUGUACUAGUCCUUACAGGUGUUCUGUACUAGUCCUUACAGGUGUUCUGUACUAGUCCUUACAGGUGUUCUGUACUAGUCCUUACAGGUGUUCUGUACUAGUCCUUACAGGUGUUCUGUACUAGUCCUUACAGGUGUUCUAUACUAGUCCUUACAGGUGUUCUAUACUAGUCCUUACAGGUGUUCUGUACUAGUCCUUACAGGUGUUCUGUACUAGUCCUUACAGGUGUUCUGUACUAGUCCUUACAGGUGUUCUGUACUAGUCCUUACAGGUGUUCUGUACUAGUCCUUACAGGUGUUCUGUACUAGUCCUUACAGGUGUUCUAUACUAGUCCUUACAGGUGUUCUUUACUAGUCCUUACAGGUGUUCUGACUUGUUCUCUACAGGUCAUUCUGGCUCUGACAACAUUCCAGGUGCCGUUCUUCAUGUUGAGAUUCGGUCAGUCUAAACUCUAUCGAAGGUAAGGGUUCUUCAUGUUGAGAUUCGGUCAGUCUAAACUCUAUUGAAGGUAAGGGUUCUUCAUGUUGAGAUUCGGUCAGUCUAAACUCUAUCGAAGGUAAGGGUUCUUCAUGUUGAGAUUCGGUCAGUCUAAACUCUAUCGAAGGUAAGGGUUCUUCAUGUUGAGAUUCUGUCAGUCUAAACUCUAUCGAAGGUAAGGGUUGUUCAUGUUGAGAUUCGGUCAGUCUAAACUCUAUCGCAGUUAUGAGCAGACUGAUUCACCACCAGUUAUGUCGGAAGAAUGUCCGUGUAAGAAUACAGAUAUUCUUUGAGCUGACAACUGGUUAAAUAUUAAAAGUGUGUGUAUUUGGAAAAGAGUGUCCUAUUUGACCGCCUCACCUCCUUCUCUUCCCCCUCAGUGAGAACUAUGGGAAGUCGUUCCAGGACGUCACAAACCUCAUCAACAACACUUUCAUCAGGACAGAGUUCGGCAUCGCCAUCGGACCAGAGAACUCUGGGAAGGUAAGAAGCGUUUUGUGUUUAGAACCUAUGAACUAGCCUAUAAGAAACACUUUACUGAAAUCUUUGUUACUUUUCUAAGCUUUAUAAUAAGGCUUAAAAAAUAUGGUAUGUCUCCAUAUGUAGCAAAAGGCUGUUCAAUGUUCAGAAUAGUUGUAGAAGUUAAUUUGGUUUGCCUGGCCUGCUCCUCCCAGGUGAUCCUGACAGGUGAUGUGUCUGGCAGCCUGGGCUCUCGUAUCUUUCUCUCCAGAGACUUUGGGAACAGCUUUGAGCAGCAGGACCUUCCCUUCAACCCCCUGAUGCAGAUCAUAUACAACCCCAGAGACGCCAAUGUUCUCCUGGUCAUCAGCAACACUGUGAGUGUGUAUGUUUGUGUGUAUGUUUGUGUGUGUUUGUGUGUGCUUGCGUAUGGAAACUGAGGAGUAGUACAAAAUAUUUGUACUUCUCCUAAUACCCAGUACUUUAUCCAGUAUCAGUACUUUAUCAGUACUUUUACACACCUGUCGUCUGGCCAGUCUCAGGAUUGACGAGCUGCUCAGAGCCUCUUUAUCUAAGGCCUUAUUCCCACUACGAGAGAUGAAGGAGAGCGGAGUGGAGAAAGAGAUAUCUACUUUCAAUUCACAUCCUAUAUUAUUAUAUAUACUAUAUAAUUCAUGUUACAUCCUUGCCUUACCUUUUGUUGUGGCUGGCAACGUGACAUUCUUGGUUUGCAGCUCAAAUUUACUGUAAAUAUCACAGUAGCCACUAGCCAGUAAGCUAUUCAACAAUCCAAUCCAAAAAUUUAUAAUAAUAAUAAUAAUAAUAUAUAUUAUUAAUAUAUAAUCUCAAUUUAAUCAAUUUAAAAUUCAGACUAACACAACAAAAUGUGGAAUAAGUCAAGGGGUAUGAAAACGUUCUGAAGGCGCUGCAGCUAUCUAGCAGGAGUUAGCUGUGUGUUGUCAGCCAAUUGAAUCUAGCAGGAGUUAGCUGUGUGUUGUCAGCCAAUUGAAUCUAGCAGGAGUUAGCUGUGUGUUGUCAGCCAAUUGAAUCUAGCAGGAGUUAGCUGUGUGUUGUCAGCCAAUUGAAUCUAGCAGGAGUUAGCUGUGUGUUGUCAGCCAAUUGAAUGUGUUCGGAUGAGAAACUAAACCCUUUAAUAGUCUGCACAUGCUUGUGAAUUGUUGCAUUAUUCAAUAGCGUAAUAUAUUUUCAGAGGUAGACUGGCUCUGGCAGCCAAAACCGCUAAAUACUCCCAUCUAAACAUGAAUCGAUUCUCAAUUGUAAUAUGGUUCUAGAAACAUAAAGCCCUUUACUUUAAUAUCACAUCAAAAUAAUUUCACUAAUGCAAAAUAUACCCUUACUGUACACUGUGUUAACCGGCUUCAUCACAGUUGCAGAAGACAGUAUUAUUCAGUGACAAAACAUUUCUAUGGCCUUCUUCCAUUCCACACAGGUGUUCGGAGCACGCUAGAUAGCUAAUUAGCACAGGUGGUCCCUCUGUCUUCCGUCUGUCUUCUGUAAACACAGAGAUAUCACCGUGUGGGAACACUAACCCUAUAAAGAUGUGUAUCAAUUCAACCUUAAAAAAUAAAAAGUAUUAUUAUUAUUUCUCGCUGAUAUGAAAGAUAAGGUCUUUAUGCUUCCAAAAACGUAUUGCAAGCGAUGCGUGUUAAUGUUCAGACCGAGCGUCGGGGCUCUUAACAAAUCCACUCUGUACAGAAGACGUCUUCGUCCAAUGACUCUUAUGUGUAAUGUAAUGGAACUGAGAGUCAUGAUCAAGGGCUAACUAACAUUUACAUUACAUUUAAGUCAUUUAGCUUGCAGCUGUAAUUGCUGCAAAAGGUGGCUCUACAAACAUUUAAGUCAUUUAGCAGAUGCUCUUCGACUUACAAAUUGGUGCAUUCAACUUAGGAUAGCCAGUGGGACAACCACCACUCGGGGAGGGGGGUGUAGAAGGAUUACUGUUAGACUAUUCCAGGUAUUCCUUAAAGAGGUAGGGUUUCAAGUGUCUCCGGAAGGUGGUCAGUGACUCCGCUGUCCUGGCGUCGUGGGGGAGCUUGUUCCACCAUUGGGGUGCCAGGGCAGCGAAUAGCUUUGACUGGGCUGAGCGGGAACUGUGCUUCCGUAGAGGUAGGGGGGCUAGCAGUGCCCUCGUUUGGGUGUAGGGUCUGAUCUGAGCCUGAAGGUAAGGAGGUACUGUUCCCCUCACAGCUCCGUAGGCAAGCACCAUGGUUUUGUAGUAGAUGCGAGCCUCAACUGGAAGCCAGUGGAGUGUGCGGAGGAGCGGGGUGACAUGAGAGAACUUGGGAAGGUUGAACACCAGGCGUCUGCAGCGUUCUGGAUAAGUUGUAGGGGUUUAAUGGCACAGGCAGGGAGCCCAGCCAACAGCGAGUUGCAGUAAUCCAGACGGGAGAUGACAAGUGCCUGGCCUAGAUGACAAGUGCCUGGAUUAGGAACUGUGCCGCUAACAACAUGAUCAAGUAACGUUAGUAUAUCAAUAAUUAACAUUUACCCCUCCCAUACGAAUAUAGUACAGUAACUUAGUCAUAGUGUCAUUCAUAUUAUAAUAUAGGCUACACAGCUAGGUAACAUUAGCUAGCUAGCUAAAGUGUUGGUCCCAUGUUUCAUGAGCUGAAAUAAAAGAUCCCACACAUGUUGUGCACACAUUUUUUUUUACAUCCCUGUUAGUGAGCAUUUCUCCUUUGCCAAGAUAAUCCAUCCACCUGACAGGUGUGGCAUAUCAAGAAGCUGAUUAAACAGCAUGAUCAUUACACAGGUGCACCUUGUGCUGGGGACAAUAAAAGGAAACUUUUUUGUUACACAACACAAUGCCACAAGUUUUGAGGGAGCGUGCAAUUUGCAUGUGGGCGAGCGGUUUGCUGAUGUCAACGUUGUGAACAGAGAGCCCCAUGGUGGGGUUAUGGUAUGGGCAGGCAUAAGCUACGGACAACGAACACAAUUGCAUUUUAUCAAUGGCAAUUUGAAUGCACAGAGAUACCGUGAUGAGAUCCUGAGGCCCAUUGUGAGGCCCAUUUUCUUUAAGGUAUCUGUGACCAACAGAUGCAUAUCUGUAUUCCCAGUCAUGUGAAAUCCAUAUAUUAGGGCCUAAUGAAUUUAUUUCAAUUGACUGAUUUCCUCAUAUGAACUGUAACUCAGUAAAAUCUUUGAAAUUGUUGCAUGUUGCAUUUAUAUUUUUGUUCAGAACAAACCAGGCUUCAUUUGAUCAAUAUCAUGGAAGUCAUUAUAUGAGGUAAAAGCAAAUUGCCACUGAAAACGUUGAUGGGGAGUUUCUUUAUUGCAGGAAAGCAACAACAAAAAAUGCUGUUGAGAUUUAAAGCUACGGCGACAUCUUCAAAAUGUAACGGCUGUUACUACAAUUACAGUUAAACUCAAUAAAACAAGUCUUAAAAAUAAAGAAAAUGUCUUUACAUUUCAAAAACAUUGCUCUGCUAUAUAAAAAAAUAAAUACUGUAAGAAUGUUGGCUCAACGAGACAAUUCUGUUUACACUGCCUCACUUAGAGGGCAACUGUCGGGCGAGCAUGGCUCUAAAGCACUGGUGCUUCCAACUUAAAGUAAGGAGCACCACAUGAUAGAUUUAGAACGGCCCAUGACAUGGUUUAUGAAUGUUUAAAUGCGCUAUAGGAAGAUACAAAUGUGGUGCCGGUAAUAUGGGUCAGAUCUUUUGACCUGGUUGGGUUAGAAGCAAACCGUUUUCGCUGUAUUAAUGGUGCAACCAUGACGCUAUCGAAUCUGCACUCACUUCGUUCUCUUAUUUAAAAAAAUAACUUUUCUCCCCAAUUUCGUGGUAUCCAAUUGGUAGCUACAGUCUUGUCCCAUCGCUGCAACUUCCGUACAUAUUCGCGAGAGGCGACGGUUGAGAGCCGUGCGUCCUCCGAAACACAACUCUGCCGAGCCGCACUGCUUCUUGACACAAUGCCCGCUUAACCCGGAAGCCAGCCGCACCAAUGUGUCGGAGGAAACACCGUACACCUGGCGACCGUGUCAGCGUGCACUGCGCCCGGCCCGCCACAGGAGUCGUUAGUGCGCGAUGGGACAAGAACAUGCCAGCCAAACCCUCCCCUAGCCUGGACGACGCUGGGCCAAUUGUACGCCGCCCCAUGGGUCUCCCGGUCGCGGCCGGCUGCGACAGAGCCUGGAUUCGAACCAGGAUCUCUAGUGGCACAACCUUAGACCACUGCGCCACUCGGGAGGCCCUCACUUGUUUCUCUAAGGCCCUCUGAAACAAUGGUCAGGGAAGCCUUAUCAUCACAACAAUUAUUAUCUGGUCGCACUUUGAGCCUGCGGGAACGAGUGUCCAAGCCCGGCGUCCAACCUACGUCCGGAGGGUGAACAAACGUUCGCAACUUUACAGUAAUAUGUGUAGCCGAGGGUAUUUUAGCAAAAAGUGUGAAGACCCUCUAAAUCCCUUCAUAAUCUGACUCAGUAGCAGGUCUGACUCAGUAGCAGGUCUGACUCAGUAGCAGGUCUGACUCAGUAGCAGGUCUGACUCAGUAGCAGGUCUGACUCAGUAGCAGGUCUGACUCAGUAGCAGGUCUGACUCAGUAGCAGGUCUGACUCAAUAGCAGGUCUGACUCAGUAGCAGGUCUGUUAAAUGUGUCAGAGGUGGAUAGUCAAGCUGUGGGAAUCCAAACAAAACUAGAGAGAACAUUACUGGCGCCAUAUCUUUUGUUGCGUAUGUAUAUAUUUUGAAUACCCUUGUAAACCCUUUAACCCUUUACAGAAUGAACUCUGGCUGUCUGAGGACUUUGGAGAGAACUGGAGGAAGAUCCAUGACAUGGUGUGUCUGGCCAAA